AUGGAGAAACAAAGUCUUGUCACCAAGCCUUUGAAGACUUCAAGACGAACGUCACGAAAAGUUGCCCAUUUUUUGCUGGCAUUUGUACUCCUUACUUGUGUGCUGCUAUCGUUUGACACAUUCCAAGAGUCUUGGAACCAAUCCUGGUGGAGGAAAUCGUCCAAGAAGAAUGUCAUUUUCUUCGUCACCGAUGGAAUGGGCCCUGCAUCUUUGUCUUUAACCAGAUCUUUUAGACAAUUUUCACAAAAUUUGAGCAGAGACGAUAUUCUUGUGCUGGACCAGCAUCUGAUUGGUUCCUCAAGAACCAUGUCAUCGAGUUCUCUUAUCACAGAUUCUGCAGCCGGUGCUACUGCCUUUUCAUGUGCACUAAAAAGCUAUAAUGGCGCCAUAGGUGUUGAUCCCGAAAAACAGCCUUGUGGCACACUUUUGGAGGCAGCUAAGCUCAGAGGGUAUCAUACUGGUCUUGUUGUCACGACCAGGAUUACUGAUGCCACGCCUGCUGCAUUCAGCUCGCACGUCGAUUACAGAUUUCAAGAAGAUCUUAUUGCUCAACAUCAAUUGGGAGACUACCCAUUAGGUCGCAUGGUCGACUUAAUGAUUGGUGGUGGUAGAACUCACUUCUAUGCAUCAGAAGAUGCAGUUUAUGGGACCCGUGGAAGUCGUGCUGAUGGGCGUAACCUCAUCAAGGAGGCCAUAGACGACGGCUGGAGUUAUGUGGGUAACCGCCAAGAAUUCGAUGCUCUUGAAAAUGGAUACAACGUUAGCUUACCAUUGCUGGCGCUCAUGGCAGAUUAUGAUAUUCCUUUCGAUGUGGACCGUGACGAGACGGAGUAUCCUUCGCUGGAGGAACAGGCCAUGACCGCCGUAAAUGCUCUCACUCAGGCCACGAAAGAUUCCGAUCAAGGCUUUUUCCUACUUAUUGAAGGGUCCAGGAUAGACCAUGCUGGUCACCAAAACGAUCCGGCUGCUCAAGUCCGGGAGGUUCUGGCUUUUGAUAAAGCGUUUGAAGCGGUUUUGAAAUAUGCUAGUGAGAGUGAAGUUGAAACGGUUUUAAUCUCCACUUCUGAUCAUGAAACUGGGGGUCUGGUCACCGCCAAGCAAGUAUCCAAAGCUUACCCCGAGUACGUUUGGUACCCCCAGGUUUUGAGUGCCACUCACCAUUCCGGUGAAUACUUAAGCAAACUGCUUCUGCGUUUCAGUGGUGAAGACAAAGUUGAUUUUGUUGAGAAAACGAUUUUUGAGAAGCUUAUGGGGAUCUUUGACUAUACUAAAGAAGAUACGGACGAGCUACUUAAUCUCACAUCUAUUGGUGAACUGAAUGAUAAAUUAAACGGAAUGAUAUCAACACGCGCACAAAUUGGAUGGACAACGCAUGGACACAGCGCGGUGGACGUCAACAUUUAUGCAUAUGCAAACCGUCAAAAAACUUGGUAUAGGUUGUUAGACAAUUUGCAAGGCAACCGUGAAAAUACUGAUGUGGGUCAAUUCAUGGCUGACUAUCUGGAAUUGGACCUGCAAAAGGUGACCCAAAUGAUCAAAAAAACGAAGCACUCGCCCAAUAUCAACACUGCCAGUUUGUAUCACGUUGACAUUGACGAUUAUCACAACGGCAUGUAUGACGAGCAGGCGCUAUGA